UUGGCUCACUUGACACUAGUGUAGCGGCUAACCCGUCAGGCGGCUCGUUCAGCCCCGUCUAGUCCAGCUUGUCAACAACACUGCAACCUGAGACGGGAUAGCCAGCCAGUUGGCUAGCUAAGUAAACCAGCUAAGUUAGCUACUGCUAGCACCUGUGUUAACCAACUGUCACGAUUCGUAAUUAUUCUGCUAAGUUGGCUAAAUAUAUCGCGUUUGAAGUUGUUUCGUCAAGAGAAGAGGCAAAACUGACUUUCCCAUUUGGCUCCUUCAACUCCUUCCUCCUUUGUGAUAUGUCAUCGCUGCUUGGUUACAACAAAAGCCAGAGCUCUACGGCAGACGGUUGACAUCUGGCCAGGUUUAUAAUUGCGCUGCAGUGUAAGGCACUCCCAAGACAAAGUCCACAGUAAUGGCUAGAUAGAGUGCUGUUGAAGAAGAUGGCUGCUCAGGUGGAGGUUCAGACUGGGGAGGUAGCGAGGACAGUGGCAGGUGGGCGACUUCACCUGAGUCCCCUGACUGACUCCAUCAACCAGCCCUGUAUCAUUACUCCAGAGCCUAACAAACCUGUCCCAGGACCCAAGCCAAGGCUGACUCCAAAACCCUUUGCUGUGGAUAAAAACCCCACCAUUAAGCCCAUACUUGCCCCUAAGCCCCAGACCAAACCCCGACCAGAGUCCACUCGUCUUGCUGGAUACAAACCAGAGCUUCCACACAGUCCAAAACCACAGCAGCCGGUUGCCACUGUUAAACCCAGGCCAGUAUCAACCAAUCCCAACCGUCCUGCCCCUACCUCCUUUAAAACAUCUAAGUUGAACACUGGACAAACAACCAAGCCAGUAGUCCAGCCAUUUAAACCAGCUCCUCCUCUUGACCCUGGAGCCCCCAGCAAACCCACUCCUUCUGUGCCAGCAGAGAGGCCGAAACCUGGUCCAUCAAGCUUGAGCUAUUCCAAGAGCCUUAAAAAAUUUGCAGCUGCAGAGUGGUCUGGAAGCACUAAAAAGGAAGAUGAGAGGGAAAAGAUGACAGCCAGCAAAGGUGGGCCUUCUAUUACCAGAGCCAAGUCCAUGGGUUUUCUUGCGCAGGUAGGGCAGGAGGAAGAAGAAAAGGAAAAAGCUAAACCUGAGGCAGCUGUGCAAAUGAGACCUCAGCCCAGAGGCUCAAGGCCCAGGCCUGUAUCAGCCAUUUUCCUUGACAGUCCAACUAAGACUGAAGCACCAGUUCCUGCCCCUCGCUGGGCUGGAAGACGACCACUUUCUGCUGAUCUCACGUCCAAGUUUGAGUCAAUCGGUCUUUCACUGCACCGUAAUAGUCCUAAGGAUAACACUAAGGAGAACACUCCAGAGGAGAAGACACUGCCACAGAAGAGAGAGCAAGAGAAAACCCCCAGGAGUGCCACACCACAAAGUACUGAAGGUGUAGCUAAGCCUGCCGUCUCAGAUGAAAGCAUCAAGAAGACAGAAGAAAUGACUGUGAAAGAGACUGAUGAGGAUAAGCGUAGGGUUAGCAUUAAGUCGCGAAUCAGUCUCCUCCUUGAUUCGUCCUCCACUCCUGGAACUGGUGCCGCAGGCCAAGGGUCAGAUCUUCACUCUCCAGUCCCUGAAAACGAACCACCGGUGGGUGUCAAACAGCUCAUCAAGCAGCUGACAGAGGAUACAACACCAACUCAGAGUCCCAUCAUGAAACCAGCACUGAAGCCCCGCCCCUUGCCCCUUGACUUGACUAAAAGGUUUUCAUCCGAGAGGUCACCCGACCUUGGCAGUGUUUCCCUCAGUGAGGCAACAGACCACCAUGAGAUCAGCAAAGAUCCUCAGAAGAGGAAUGAAGAGUUAUCUGUUACCCCCAGCGACCACAGGAUGUUUGUGGAUUUUAAAGAUUCCCAAGAGAAGCUCCAAAAGGCCGUCACGCCUGAAGGGCCUGAGGCAGGACAGACAUUUUUUGCCACAUCGAAGGAGAGUGGUCCCAGUGGAGAAGUACAGACGGUGCGAGCAUCCUUGUUUGAAAAUGUUGUGGAGAAGCACAGUGUGCUGAUGGUAGAGGAGAAUAAGCCUGUAAACAAGCCCAAGGAUUCGCUCAGCAGCCUGUCGUUUAAGAGAGGAAAUAGUGAAGAUGAGGGAACUCUGGUCACUGCCACCUACAAAGAACCUCUAUCUCCAUCAAGUCCUCUGCGGGUGUUACAUGCCUUUGACACAGUGCAGGCAAUCGAAGAGAACAGGGCAGUGAGUGAGAACGUCCCAUCAGCACAGUGGGAGGAUAAGGCCAUGACACUGCGCUCCAGGCGCUCAGAAGGGAGCAGGUCGGUGGCAGAGAGGACUGGACCAACACAACCAGAACCAGGUUUGGCGGUGACACCAGACCAGCAGCCACGAUAUUUGAGAGUCGGAGCUUUGCAGAAGUGGACUCCUACAGACCUCGACCAAGAUGCAGGCAUUGAGAAAGGGAUGCUAAAGGAAUCACAAAGGGACGGACAAGUGGCUGUGGAUAAAGACAGGCACAGAGAGGCAGAGCAGGAGGAAGUGGCUGCAGCCCCUAAACGUUUGAAAAUGCUCCAGGCAGAAGAACAGCAGAAACCCAGGGCAACCUACUUUGCUUUGACUGGACAAAUACAGGAGCCAGUUUCUCCUGUAGAUACAGGAGCAAACAUAGGGGACAUGGCUUUGCCCUUUGAGGAUUUCUCUAUGAGGUCUUUGCUUGGGGGCUCUCAAGGGAAGAUUCUUCCAGUUAGGAGGAAUCCAUCAUUAGAUGAAGCUUUUGGAAAAACCUCUCAAGAUCAAGUUGAGGAGCUGUUGAUGAGGAGUCACAUGUCACACAGGGAGAUUAGAUCAAUGUUGGACAGACAGACGACAGAGGAAAUGAUGGAGGUUGAAAAGAAAAAAGAAUCAAAAAAGGAGACAGAAAAACAGAAAGCAAAAAUGCAAGAGUUUGAAAGGGAAAAACAGAGACAGCUUGAGAUAGAGAAACAAGCACAUUUAGAAUUUGCACGAAUGAAGGAGAGAGAGAUGCAAAGAGAAUUUGAAAGGCAAAGACAGAAGACCUUUGAGAAGGAGAAACAAGAGUUAGAGAAGAAACAACGUGCACUGGAAAGGCAGAAACAGAUGGAACUUGAAAAACAGAGGCUGCAAGAAGUGGAGAGAGAGAAAUUGGAGCGAGAGAAACAGAGAGAGCUGGAGAGAGAAAGGCAGUGGCAACUUGAGAAAGAACAACGAAGAGAAUUGGAGAGACAGAAAGAGAUUGAAAGACAGAAACUGCGAGAGCAGGAAAAGCAGAGACAGCGUGAGAAGGAGAGACAAAGACAAAAGGAGGAGGAGAGGCAAAGAGAGCUGGACAAGGAGAGACAGCUGCUGGAAAUCCAGAAGGAGAAACAGAAAAUGGAGGAGUUGGAGAGAAUCAAAGAGUUGGAGAGGCAGCAGCUGAUGGAGUUUCAAAAACAGAAGCAGAAAGAAAAGGAGAGGCAGCAGAUACUAGAGCUUGAGAAGCAGAGACUUAGAGAGAAGAUGGAGAGGGAAGAGGCAGAGAAACUUAAACAGUUGGCACUAGAACAGGAAAUGUUAAGACUGAGGGAACUUGAUAAAGAAAGAGAAAGAGAAAGGGAGAUGGAGCAUCAGAGAGAGAUGGAAAGGCAGAGGGAACUUGAGAGACAGAGGGAGCUGGAGAGGCAGAGAGAGCUGGAGAGACAGAGUGAGCUGGAGAGACACAGGGAGCUGGAGAGGCAGAGAGAACUGGAGAAACAGAGAGAGCUGGAGAGGCAGAGACAACUAGAUAUUGAGAGACGGGAGUUAGAAAACCAGAAGCUGCGACAACGAGAACUAGAGAAGGACAGGCAGAUAAAGGAGGAGUUAGAGAGACUUAAAGAGAUGGAGAGAAGACAGCUUCUGGAGUUUGAAAAGCAAAAGCAGGCAGAGGGGGAGCGACAACAAAUUGAGCUUGAGAAAUGCAGACUGAGGGAGAAGUUGGAGAGGGAAGAGGCAGAGAAAAUGAGACAGAUAGCCAAACAGCAAGAAGCAGAGAGGCAACGACUAAAAGAGAAGCAGGAGAGGGCAAGGCUGGAAUCCUCACCUCUCAAGCCUAAAGUGGUGGAUCUGGACUCUGUGCUCCGAAGUGACCCAUUUUCCAAAGCUCCUUCUCAGCGCAGUGACCCCUCAACACGAUGGAAGGAACCAUCUCCAAGAGCUGAGGAGUCUUACAAACCUGCCAUCCUUGACAUCGACACUUUCACAUCACAAAUCCAGCCCUUCCCCAGUAAAGACUUGUUUCCUGUCUCUAGUAGUCAGGGAGUGGACACUGGGUUUGGGGCCAAGUUACAGCCUACACCUGAGAGAGAUGUCAGCUGGAGGGUGCCACCACAGACAUCAGUGGGUUUCUCUGGGCCAGUGUGGACAACGUCUCCACAGGACCCAUGGGAGCUGCGGCCUGUCGAGAUGUCUGUGGACAAACCUGUGGCUGAACCCAGAAAAUCUUCCAACAAAGUCAGCCCAGAGCAGCUCCUCCUCAGGCAGGAGGAACGGUCCGUGGCUCCACAGAGGCACUGGUCUGCCCUGCUGGAUGAGCCACUUCACUUGGCCCCUUUUCCCAACACAGACGCCAAAACCGGUAGCUCUCCUGGUGGAUUCCCCAGCAGCUCCCCUGCAGAGCAGAUCUGGCUCCCCAGAGAGCCACAGCCUCAAGUCAGCAAGGGAGAGGUCCGGAGCCACAGGAGGUCACAGGGAUCCCAGGAGUUGAACAGGAUGCGAUCUCGCAGCGUUUCACGCCGAUCAGCUCCUUCAAGCAGUGCCGUGGAAGGAAGCCUCUCCAGGAUGAGGAGUCGCAGUGCCCACAGAGAGCGGGACCGCCACAGCUGGGUGCAGCAGAAGCAAAGUGUCAGUGGUGAAGAGGAGGGGAAUAACUCAGAGACUCUGGUCCGUGAGACUGAUAGUCAGUAUGGGACCUGGGAGACAGGCCUGCGCACUGAUGACAGCCUCACUCCUGCCACUCCCAGCUCAGAAAGCAACCUCAGCCCUUCACCAAGGAAGCCCACUCCCCCACACACCCCAGGUGAUCGUGCCUCUCAGAUCGAAACUGACACUCCGGACAGUGUCCUUUCUCCAUCCUCAGCAGACAGCCAGCCUCUCUCUUUCCCUGACGCUCCGACCACUCUGUUAGACACCAGCGCUCUCCGCUCCAGAGCCCAACUGGGGAAGAAACGAGCCCCGCGGACACGGCCCAGCAGAGCUGCCCGUCAGAGUGCAGCGCUGGGAGAGGGAGAGGGAGGAACUUCUGACGACUGGGUUUACAGAGACUCCACAGAGGCAAAGGUUGAGAGCAAGGAUGAUGAUUCAGACUCUGAGGAGCAGGCCAGAGGAGCUGACGCCCCCCUCAAUGCCGCCUCUCAGCCACAGAGGAUCGCCCUGUUCCCUGGGAUGGACCCUUCAGCUUUAAAGGCCCAGCUGAAGAAGAGGAGUGACUCUGACAAUCAAACAGAUGGACCUGCUCCCUCUCCCUCCCAGCUUUCUCGCUCUCCUAAGUCCCCCUUCCUUCCACGGGCAGCGCGUGUACUGCCCCCACCUGGUGGGAAAGAAAAUGGUGAGGAGGACUCACCCCAGUGGUUGAAAGAGCUGAAGUCCAAGAAGCGAUUGAGUCAGUAUGAAAAUGAGAGCUAAAGGAAAUAAUGAGGUUGCCUUACCAGAUGAAUAGAUAUGAAACAGAAGCCUUAAUGUUUGACCCAGAGAGCAGGAGAGGCAAAUCUACAGCUGCUGAUGUAUUUUUUCUAUUUGUUUUGUGUUUUUUUGUUUUUUCUCUCCCCAUCUGGGUCUAUAAAUGUGCAUGGUGCCUUUUUUUUACGGAGAGUCUCUGUCUUAUGGAAAAAAGGAAAAACAAGCAAGGAGAAAAAAAAACAUCAGGCUGCUCUGCUUUAUCCAUUUCAUGCUUGAACUUGUGGGAGCUCUCCUGCACCAGGAGGGACUCCACAUGAACACUUUAAUAGGGACCAGGAGGAGAAGUAAGUGGGGAAAAAGGAGAAAAGGCAAUUUUUGUGGGACCACAAAGCCUCUUUAUCCUGGACGUGCUUCUUCACAUGCUGGACAAUCCAGCUAAUCCUCCACAACAUGUUUGUAUUUAGUUUUCUUUCUUUACUGAUACGUAAAAGUUGGCUGUGUCUGCCUCGGCCGUGUGUGUUAUCUGUGGAGGUUGUUGGUUGGACUCAUACAAGCAUUGCCAUAGGAUAACAUUUCAGACGCUAAUCAUUUUUGAACAUAGAGAACAAAUCACCUCUGACUUGAUUGUCAGUGGAAGUGUAUAUCAUGUUAGUAAGUGUAAUCAGGAGAUGUUAUAUUUGUAUUAUCAUUGACAGAGAGCUAGUUUUGAAAACAUGAAGAUGCAUCACUACAGUAGAGGCUCCACAGACUUUAACUUUUAAUACACCCCACAACUUAACGGUGUCACAGUCGCUGCAUACUGUACUGUAUAUCUUUUUUUCUUUUUGUCUUUGUGUGAAAAUGGAUGGGGGACUUUUGGCCAACGUAUUGCUGCAUCUGUCAAUCAUGCACACUCCUUAUCAGCACAAAUACACUCCACGAAAACACUUAUCAGCCUUUCUUCCCUCCUUUAAGAAAUUGAUUGAUUGUAGCUGUAAGCAUCCAUUAUAAGCCAUACAUCGACCUCGUGGCCCUCACACACUCCUCAAUCAUGUUUGGACAAUGUAUUUUCCAGUGAAUGUGCAAUUCUCCCUCCAUUUUUAUCCCCAUUAAUGUGCAUGCACAAUCUUUACUGUCGAACCAGGCUUUGCUCAAACUGACUGGCUCAGAGUAGGGGUGUUGGCUCACACUGCUCCAGUGGAGGGAUGGUUUGUUCACUACAUUGUUUAAAUGACUCUACACUCUACAGAACUCCAAACGAAUUUGACUAUUUGCACCUGCUUAACUGUAACCUUCCUCCUCAUGUUUGCCAUCCACCCACUCACUCUGCGCUUCUGUAAAGCACUUUGUCACUUGAUGCACUACAGCACUGACCUCUGCCCCCUCUUGUUGGCCAUGUUUUCUCUCCUGUAUUGUCGGGGUGCUCAUGCAAUGCAAGUGAAUGUGUUGAUUGAGUCUUUGGAGUGAUUGUCCCUGGUUUCUAUGUACAUGGAUGUUUUACUUUGUCAUAAGAUUUGAGGGUUUAUUUUUAUGUCCUUCUUUGUCCUUUUUUAUUUGAAAGUAAAGAUGUAUAUUGCACUGUGUUGUACUGGCCAGUGUCCUAAAGUGAAUAAAUUCUUAAUAAAAUUUACUUGACUUAA